GGGCAGAAAAAAAAAAAUGCCUGGGAUAAUUGCACAGACUUGUCAUGGAAAGCUGUAAAGAUGUUUUCCAAGAGGUUGUCAGACAAACUGGGGCUGUUAGCUGAGUUCCUUCACUGUGUGCCAGUUAGGUGUUGUGGACAUGAAAAGAGAUAUGAUACACAGUCUGGAACUUGAGGUUUAUAAUCUGUGUGAGGCGUAAGUUUAUUUAAGGCCAUAUAAGUUGAGGCUCGUAUUGUCCUUCAGAGAGAUUGCGGUAAAGCAUUGUGAACUGGAUCUGGAAACAUCCAAAAGCAUAUACUUAGGAUGGGGUUUUGGAAGAGAAGGCCUAGGAGGUAGGUUGUGUCUCAGUUGUUGGGGAGCUUCCGUCUCUUGACGAUGGGGCUGGGGCUUUUUUCUGUGGGUUGCCAAGAAACAAUUGUGGGUUACAGGGAGUUGCCCAAGGAAAGCUUUGCUUGGAGGAUUAAUUUGUCCACUGGGAGUUGUGUGGAUUGGAGAAGACUGAAUGCAUGCCCACCGUAUAGGAGGGACCUUUUAUAUAAAAAAUAAACCACAGUGGUUGUUCCUGAAGCCAACCUAGCUGAAGUGACAUGAAGCAGAGAGUGAGGAAGAAGAUGAAAUUGAAAUGGAAGUUGAAGACCAGGAUAGCAAAGAAGCCAAAAAACCGAAUGUCAUAAAUUUUGACACCAGUCUGCCAACAUCACAUACAUAUCUGGGCGCGGAUAUGGAAGAAUUUCAUGGCAGGACUCUGCAUGAUGAUGACAGCUGCCAGGUUAUUCCAGUUCUGCCGCAAGUGAUGAUGAUCCUGAUUCCUGGGCAGACCUUACCUCUUCAGCUCUUUCGUCCUCAGGAAGUCAGUAUGGUGCGGAAUUUGAUUCAGAAAGACAGAACCUUUGCGGUUCUUGCAUAUAGUAAUAUACAGGAGAGGGAAGCACAGUUUGGAACUACAGCAGAGAUAUAUGCCUAUCGGGAAGAACAGGAUUUUGGAAUUGAGAUAGUGAAAGUGAAAGCAAUUGGACGACAAAGGUUCAAAGUCCUUGAGCUAAGAACACAGUCAGAUGGAAUCCAGCAAGCUAAAGUGCAAAUUCUUCCCGAGUGUGUGUUGCCUUCAACCAUGUCUGCAGUUCAGUUAGAAUCCCUCAAUAAAUGCCAGAUAUUUCCUUCAAAACCUGUCUCAUGGGAAGACCAGUAUUCAUAUAAAUGGUGGCAGAAAUACCAGAAGAGAAAGUUUCAUUGUGCAAAUUUGACUUCAUGGCCUCGCUGGCUUUAUUCCUUAUAUGAUGCUGAAACUUUAAUGGACAGAAUUAAGAAACAGCUCCGUGAAUGGGAUGAAAAUCUUAAAGAUGAUUCUCUUCCUUCAAAUCCAAUAGAUUUUUCUUACAGAGUAGCUGCUUGUCUUCCUAUUGAUGAUGUAUUAAGGAUUCAGCUCCUUAAAAUUGGUAGUGCCAUCCAACGACUCCGCUGUGAACUAGAUAUUAUGAAUAAAUGUACCUCUCUUUGCUGUAAACAAUGUCAAGAAACAGAAAUAACAACCAAAAAUGAAAUAUUCAGUUUAUCCUUAUGUGGGCCGAUGGCAGCUUAUGUGAAUCCUCAUGGAUAUGUGCAUGAGACGCUUACUGUGUAUAAGGCUUGCAACUUGAAUCUGAUAGGCCGACCUUCGACAGAGCACAGCUGGUUUCCUGGGUAUGCCUGGACUAUCGCCCAGUGUAGGAUCUGUGCAAGCCAUAUUGGAUGGAAAUUUACAGCCACCAAGAAAGACAUGUCACCUCAGAAGUUUUGGGGUUUGACUCGAUCUGCUCUGUUGCCCACAAUCCCAGACACUGAAGAUGAGAUAAGUCCAGACAAAGUAAUACUUUGCUUGUAAACAAGUACAGUAGGGAUAAAGUUAUUUAUCAAGUUGGUCUCCUAAAAUCUGAUCUGCUUCAGAAAUUCCUGCUUUUGAUGCAUACCUAAGUAUAUAAAAGCAACAUUACACGGAAGGUUCCAGUUUCCUAGUCCAACGAUAUUUGAAGAUUUAAAUUAAAAUUAGGAAUAUCUACUUUUAGUACCUUGGUACCAUUAUACUUUGGCCUACUACAAUGUCCCUGAUAGGACAUGAAAACCUCACUGAAAGUGAGGGUUUCUGGCACCAAACAGAUUUGAAAUUCCUCUAAUGUGAGGUUAAUCAUUUGCUCCUGAUAUAUGGGACAAAUAGCAAGUUUUUAUAGAAGUUUCAAAAGCUAGGGUGCCAAGUACAUGUUCCUUUUGAAAGAGGCAAAGAAAAAAGGCUUUAAUUUUCUUUAAUUUCUCUCAUAUGGAUUUGUAAAUUUUGAAGAUAUUAAAGAGUUAAAAUAUGCAGUUUGAGCCCCAAAAUAGUGUUCAUUUCCUUGUGUAUUUGUUAGUGAAAAACAGUAACUUCUGUAUUUACUCAGUGUUUGAUUUGAACCUAAACGACUAUGGAGCAGGGAUCGUAAAACACACCCCCUUCAUUCAGGCUACACAGUGACUGUAUUUUGUAAGCAGUUUUAUUCCAUGCAACUUGAAAAAAUUGUAAGUAAACUUUAAGAGCAAACAAUAUUACACAUACUCAUUGUUUAAAUAAUGUAAAAAUAUUUACUCACAAGCCAAUAAUUUAAGAUGAAGUUGUAGAUAUACUGAUUUGCUACCUACCUCUUUGCUUAUAUGUUCAAGUGUUUUUCGGAUCCUUUCACAUUUGUGUAAUUUUGAUAUUCCUUCAUGGCUUUACAUAAUUAACUAGGGAAUAAAGUUCAACCAAUGGGGGAAAAUGUAUGAGGCCCAGCCAAGAGCAGACUGUUAAAAUCUCUUACGUUGUAAUAUACUAUUUUACCCAACAUGCAAUGGUUAUGACUGCCUAGACUUAAAACAACUGAAUCUCAUGCUGCAUAUUUAUAUACAGGAAGUAAAUGAAAAGCAACUCAAGAAUGCUGUCAGAAGAGUAUAUGCCCAAA